AUGGACACGUACGUGGUCGUGGGCUCCCUACUUGCGGUGCUGGCCACGAGCGUGCUCUUUCUGCGGAAGCCCAAGCGCAAUGAGGACAAGUUGGCGCAGGAGAUGCUGCGCAUUGGCCAGCAGAUGAAGAUGUACAAGGAGGCGGCCGAGAGCGACGCCCGCGUGUUGGCCACGUCACGUCGUCCGAGCAGCGACGACGACAGCCUCAAGUGGCCAGUCACGAUUCUCUAUGGCUCACAGACAGGAACUGCGGAAGGGUUUGCAGAAGUGCUGACGAAAGAAGGACGAAAAGCUGGUUUCCGCACGGUUGCGAUCGAUUUAGAGGACUAUAAUGCCGCGGAGAAGCUCCAGAACGAGAAGCUCGUGAUUUUCGUUAUGGCUACAUAUGGAGAAGGCGACCCAACGGACAAUGCAGUGUCAUUUAUGAAUUUCCUGAAAGAUAAGGAGCAACUGCUGGAUCAGCAGGCAUUUCAGCACGUAGGCUACACGGUCUUUGGCUUGGGAAACACGCAGUAUGAACAUUACAACGAGAUGGGGAGACUUGUGGACAAGUUGAUGGAGCGGCAUGGCGCUCAGCGAGUGUUCGACUACGGAGAAGGAGACGAUGACGCGAGUUUGGACGAAGACUUUGAUGACUGGAAAGAGUCGUUGUGGAAGGCGCUGAGGAAGCAGUUUAUUGCAGACGAACCGGUUGAGCUGUGUGAUGAAGGGCAGACAGCAGGAUAUAGAGCGAUACUUUCUGCUCCAGAGUACGAGUAUCAAUUGGUAACGAUUCGUGCGUCUGGAGUGGAAAAGUUGGCGACUGAAGCAAAGGGGGUCAAGAUGAAGGCUUCAACAAAGCACUUUUUUACUGCAAAGAGCACGAAGGUCGUGGUAAACCGAGAACUGCGUCAAGCGACGAGAGGAGGCUCGACGGUGCAUGUCGAGCUGGACUUACGCGGAACUGGAGUGACCUACCAGACAGCAGAUAAUCUCGCGGUUUUGCCUGAGAAUGAAAUGAAUGUGGUCGAACGGCUUGCAGCACAUAUGGACUAUGACUUGGAGCAGUGGAUGUCGUUGGAAUUCACGGGCGAGAGUCAGCAUGAUGAGUAUCCCUUCCCAUCGCCGUGCACUGUCGGUGAGAUUUUGAUUCGCUAUCUGGCUAUAAACAGCGCGCCACGCAAAGGUCCGCUGAAGCAGCUGGCCUUUUUUGCACGUGACCCAGCUGAACGAGCUCAGUUGGUUCUUUUGUCAUCAAAGGAAGGCAAGGAGAAAUACCAAGAGUGGAUCGUGGAGGACGAACGCUCUUUUGUUGAUGUACUCGUGCACUUUCGCUCGGUGAAAGUAUCCAUGCAAGCUCUGCUCCACAUCGUGCCGUUCUUGUUACCCCGCUACUACACUAUCUCGUCGUCUAGUCUUGUGAGUCCACAGCGUGUGCACGCGACCGUCAGUCUGAUCGAAAGCAAGAAGAAUGACGGCCGUGUAUUUCGUGGAGUGUGCUCGAACUACUUGGGCAGACUACAUCCUCUUGUCGACCACGCGCAUGACAAGAAGAAGCGUGACAGUCGACCAGGCGAGCAAGGCACCAAGAAGCUGCGCGAGUGGCCUUCUGUUCGUAUGUUUAUACGCGCUUCGACCUUUCGCCUGCCACAGGACCCACUUACACCUAUCAUCCUCGUAGGCCCGGGCACCGGUGUUGCACCUAUGCGAGCGUUCUUGCAUGAGCGUGCGAAACAGCGCAAAGAAGGGGCAACUGUGGGUAAGUCGAUCAUGUACUUUGGGUGCCGCCGUCGUGACGAGGAUUUCAUUUACAAGGACGAGCUGGACGGGUUUGUCAAAAGUGGCGUGCUCAGCGAGCUUCAUUUAGCGUUCUCGCGUGAGCAAGAGAACAAGGUGUACGUGCAACACUUGUUAGCGCAGAAUGGAUACUCCACCUGGAGUCUUAUUCGCGAUCACGACGCGCACAUAUACGUGUGUGGUGCGACCAGCAUGGGCAAUGAUGUGAACAAGGUGUUGCACGAUAUUAUCGAAACACAUGGCGGCCAGUCUCGAGACGAAGCGCAAGCUACGGUUAAGAAGCUCCAGGAUGACCACCGCUACAUCCAGGAACUGUGGGCGUAG